AUGGCAUGGCUUCCCUUUGGUGCUGGCAAAAACGGUGAUCAGGCGCAGGCUCCAGGUCCGCAAUCUCCUCAAUUGGAGCAACGUUCCCAUCAAAAUCUUUCAAUUCUGCCCGAUGAGCUGGACAUCCAGAAUACCUUGAACCAGAUUGCUACCUCCCAAACUCAGCCUGAUGUUCAGUUUGCGCAGGCAAAGACUAAAGAGGAGAGCAACGAGGCUGUCAAUAAGUUUGUCGGCGACCAUCCUAAGAGAAUGUUUAUCAUUGAUGGCGAGAAAUACGCCAAUGAGUCAAUCAUCUGCACCAACGACCAGAGGGGAGAGAAGACGUGCUUACGUUUGAGAUAUAACCUGAUUCAACUCUUCAAGCAGAUGCAGAAGCUUGAGUACUUCUGCUCCUUGCCCAACGACAUCGAUGCUACUUACUUUGAGUGUCGUAAGAUGACAUAG